UUUCUUUUAAUAUAAACGUUAGGGUGUCGUAAAUCGUAUAAACGUAAAAUCGUAUGAUCGAUCGUGAUGCGUGUCUAUCGUGGUUUUCUUCCUGGUCUUUUCGUUGGUGUUACUCUCGUGUUCGUCCUUCUAAAUUCAAGGUCAAGUACGGUCACGCUCAAUUCUUCCGCCGAUGUCACGAUCGAACCUCGCGAUUUCGACAGAGAGGAUGCACGUUUCGUCGAAAAUUAUGGAUUCAAUAUUAACAAGACAUAUCGAUACGUCACGCCCUCCCUUGCUGAACUGGGCGGUCGUGGAAAUUUGCCCGAGAUGAAUAAGCACGUACUCAUGCUAACACGUGUACCUGGUGCUGGUGCAGAACUAUUGGUGCUGAUCCUGCAACGUUUACAAGGUUACAAUGCCUUUAAACAUAUUCGUUUGCCGCCUGGAGAUUCUGGACUUUUGACGACGUUGCAGCAGGAACUACUCGUGGAAGAGAUUACAAGUAUUAUAAGACAAGAGGCUAUUCCAUUGAGUUUCGAUGGCGAUAUAAGGUUCUUAAAUUUUUCUGAAUUUGGUCGUCAGGCACCAACUUUCUUAGCCUUAGCAAGGGAUCCUUUGGAUCCACGUACUUUGCAUAGAUAUCGAAAAGAUGGAGCGGCGGCCGUUCUUUAUCGCGGAACGAUCUCUCAUUUUUGUGGACAGGAUCCUCGUUGCUCGAAAAGAAAUAACAAAUGGGCGUUACAACGAGCCAAGGCAAACGUUGUUCGAUGGUAUCCAGUGGUCGGUCUUCUCGAUUACAUGGAAGAAACUUUACACGUUCUCCAAAAGGAAUUUCCGUACUUUUUCACCGGUUCCCUUCGCAUAUAUAAUAAGUUGCGACCGAAAGAAAAUUAUUUAUCGAAACGUUCGAUAAGUAUCAAAACUCGAGCGAAAAAAGUAUUGGAAGAAGUAAUGGCAGAUGAAGUAGAAUUUUAUAAGUGGUUGAAAUUUCGAUUGUUUAAUAAAACAUCCGAUAAUGGGUGAUAAUUAAGUUAAAGAUUAUUGAAGAUAAUAAUAAUUGGCUUGUUUUUGGAUCAUGCAAAUUAAUUUUGAUCUUCCAAUUAAGAGGCGGCUAAAAAUAUAAAGGUAAAAUAUUCAAUCCUUCGUAUGAAAUGCCAAAGAAAUAAAUUAGUCGAAUAUGUCAUUUGACACAGCAUAAAUGGAGAAAAAAUAUUAUCGUAUUCGUAUGGUGCAUUAUCCUUUGAUUUUGAACGCCUGUUGGUACGUGCAACGCCAUCUUGUAUCAUAUCAGUUACUGAUGUACUUAAAUGUUAAGUUAAUCAAUCCUUGAACACUGUGCAUGCAUGCAUGCAUUGCAGCAAAUGGUAACGGUAUAGAAUUUAAUCGAGGUUUACAUAGAUAAUAUGUUUUAAAAACAUAUACAAUAAUUUGUAUAUAUACAUUGAAAUUGUUUUUCUCGCUUUUUAUCAUUUUUCUACGUUGAUUUAUUGAACAUUUUAUAGAAUAAAUACAGAGAAUUGUUGAGUCAAGAAA